ACGGGAGCGCGCCUUGUGCUAUGGAUGUUUAGUUCGGCUGUCCAAUAUGUAUUCAGUAUUAAUCUAAAUAAAUCAUUGAUUCAUGAGGUAAACUUGUGUUUUUGAAAAAGUUAUAGGUUAUAUAAAGGUUAUAUCUUAUUUUAAAAGACAGAUACAACCUUAGCAAAUGCAGAUUAAUAUAGUUUAUAUCUUUAAGAAAGGGGCUGGCCUUCUACAGCAGUGGGCGGGUGUUCCCUGACAGGAGGAAGAAGCUAAUAGACUGACAGCGCUACACCAGUUUUCAAAAGCCGGGUGCUGUUUUGGCCUUCUUCAAGCUUAAAAAAUACCGAUGGCCACGAAGGGGAUGAAUCUGUGUAAUGUUUGCUGUCUGCUCCUGUAUUUUAUUACGGUGGUUUUGGCAGGUCGAGAUUUCUACAAGAUCUUGGGGGUAACCAAGGCUGCUUCAAUCAGGGAUAUCAAAAAGGCCUACAGAAAGCUGGCACUACAAUUACAUCCUGACAGAAACCAGGAUGACCCAGAAGCUGCAGACAAAUUUGCAGACUUGGGGGCUGCUUAUGAGGUACUCUCAGAUGAGGAGAAGAGAAAACAGUAUGAUGCGUACGGAGAGGAUGGACUAAAAGAAGGACAUGGUGGUUCACACAAUGAUAUAUUUUCAAGCUUCUUUGGAGACUUUGGAUUCAUGUUUGGCGGCAACCGGCAACAGCAGGACAGAAAUAUCCCCAGAGGAAAUGACAUCGUUCUCGAUCUAGAGGUCACGUUAGAAGAGGUGUACUCUGGGAACUUUGUUGAGGUUGUCCGUGUCAAACCUGUAGCCAAAGAGGCACCCGGCAAGAGGAAAUGCAACUGCAGACAGGAGAUGAGGACAACGCAGCUCGGACCCGGACGUUUCCAGAUGACCCAGGAGGUGGUCUGUGACGAGUGCCCCAACAUCAAGCUGGUCAAUGAAGAGAGGACUCUUGAGGUGGAGAUUGAACAAGGGGUGCGAGAUGAGAUGGAGUACCCUUUCAUAGGGGAAGGUGAACCUCACAUUGACGGAGAGCCCGGGGAUCUACGAUUCCGCAUUAAAGUCCUCAAACAUGCUUUAUUUGAGCGACGGGGGGAUGACCUCUACACCAACGUCACCAUCUCAUUGGUAGAGGCACUGGUUGGCUUCGAAAUGGACAUCACACACUUGGAUGGACACAAGGUCCAUAUAGUGAGAGACAAGAUAACGAAAUCCGGUGCUCGCCUGUGGAAGAAAGGAGAGGGUCUUCCCAACAUCGACAACAUCAACCUCCGUGGCUCUCUCAUCAUCAGCUUUGAUGUGGAGUUCCCCCAGACGCAGUUGGAUGACAAUCAGAAGGACGGCCUUCGGAGUAUCCUUAAGCAAAGUUCGGUACAGAAGAUUUACAAUGGACUUCAAGGAUACUAACCUACUAAUGGACACAGUCUGGACUUUCUAACACAAAACACACACAUACAUAGAUAGAUACAUAAAUACAUGCACACACUUUCACACACAAUGACAACUAUCAUAAGUGUGCUCAAUGCACCAGACCAGGGUGUAUUUAUUUUUGAGUUGUCUCAGGAUAGCUUAAGCUGAUGGAUUUUUACAUAUUUUUGAUUUUACUUUUUUAUGUUCUCCAACUUUAAAAGAGUGGCACAUUGGCUGCUUACAUUUUUAAAUGGGAUGCCAUAAACCCAUGUAGUGUCCAUUUUGUCCCACUAUUUCCCAGCCAGCCCCAACACCAAAUCAUAAUUUCUCUUUGGCUGUUAUCUUUUUUUUUUUCUUUUUUUUUUUCCCUGCCACAAAAGACCAUUCAAUCUGACACAAACAUUU